CAAGAUUCACACCUUCGCCUGGGAUACCAGGACAACUUCCGCGACAUGCACGAAGGCAUGCACAAAACUUCGACCGAAGUCGCCCUAGUCGCCCAUUACGGUGCUCACAUAAGCGGAUAUUAUCUGUAUGCUCUAGUCAGCUCCGGGGGUCCACCUGCGAGAAGAAAACUUCGUCGCCGCCACCAAACCCUUUCUUCCACAACCCAUAAUUUCCGGCGGCUUGAUCGCUAUUCUAUUAAAGAUUCAUCACAAUUUAUCAUGCAGCGUUCUUUGGGGUUGUAUUUGCGCUCGCGUCGAAAGGACACGAGAAGAAUUGGCGCGCCCCACGCCGAGGCACAGGCUCGCACAGCACCCUGUAAACAACACGUGCAUUCUGGUUUGUAUCAUUAAGGCAGUUUGAUAGAUCUCGGAGCGUUCGGGGUGGGUGGCGCAGUCCAUGGUUCAGACUGUCCCGCUAGGUUGGCACGGUGUUGCGUCAUGAGUCUGCUGUGUACUGUAUUUGACAUAUUGACUCAUGAUGUGUGCGCGAGUGGGAGGCCAAGGGCCGGCGGCCGCUGCUGGAGGGCGAUGCAGGGCUUCGGUCACGGGGGGCCGGGCGCGGUGGCGCUGAGCGGGCUGAGGGCAAGCGCCCCCCGCCGCUUUUCAUGUGGGCAUGCUUAGUAUUUGACAUGUUGAUUGGUGCGGCCGGGGGUGCAAUUGGCGCUGGUAGCUCGCAGGCUGGUGGAGGGCAUGAGGCCCGAACCCACCAUCAGUAAGCUGUGUGGGUACAUAAGGUGACAUGAAUGCCUGUUUGGGCAUGACCGUACUUGAACAGGAUCUGUUCUAUAGGUCAUACACCUGUCUGUGUUCUUCAACUCAGACAAGUUCCUCAACCCAGACGAAGACAUGCAGCCCCGGCGCCUGAGCGCUACGUAUGACCACUGUGGCCGUGCCGCUGGCACGGACGCGUGGUUCUGGAUGAACGUCCCGCCGAGACCAUUCCACCGGCAGGGAUGGUGCUCGGGGCAUUCAGAUGGGUUU